AGGAAGGUAGAGGUUGUGCCGGGUGGAAGCUUAAGUCCCGGGGCCUUAGGGCCCCCGCUGCGGCAGAGUCUUGCCCACUCCCUGCAGGGCUCGGAAGCCCGGCGUCCUCGGUCCCCCGCCCGCCCUCAGUUGGGCCGGCUUUGCCCAGCCUAGCCCCACUGUCUCCACUUGGUGCUAGGCCCGGAUCGAGUCCCGGAGCGUCUCCCUAGCUUACCUCACAGCAGCCUCUUCGCCUUGCUUCGGGCCAGGGGAUCCUCCCCUCCGCUCCGGCCGAUUUUAGGUGAAGUUUUGAGAGAGAAAAGAUUGGGGCCAGCGAGGGAAGUGAGGAAAAUCAGAUCCCAGAUCUUUGGGGAGAAAGAGCUGUAAGGAGCAACACACCCUCCACCUUAGACCAUCAGGUGGAAAUAGCAGGUUGAGAAGAGCUGGAGCUCACAGGCCUCCUGGGAUCAUAGUUCCAAACAGGCUGGCACCACCCUCCAGCUGAAGGUGUUCCCUCAGCUGCCCAGGGGAUGUGAUUGUGAGGCCAAAUCUGCAGACCCCGCGGGAAGAGGGCUCCCGGGGCCAUGGCCGAGGUCAGCAUCAACAGUGACCUCGGCGAGUGGGGCUCGAGCUCAGACUCCGGGGAGCGGGCCCGUCUGCUGCAGAGUCCCUGUGUGGACACAGCCCCCAAGAGCGAAGGGGAGGCCUCUCCUGAGGGUCCGGGCAGAGGCACCACUUCCACCAUUGGGGCCAUCUUCAUCGUCGUCAACGCCUGCCUAGGUGCAGGGCUGCUCAACUUCCCCGCAGCCUUCAGCACCGCAGGCGGGCUGGCGGCCGGCGUCACACUGCAGAUGGGCAUGCUGGUCUUCAUCAUCAGCGGCCUCGUCAUCCUGGCCUACUGCUCCCAGGCCAGCAACGAGAGGACCUACCAGGAGGUGGUAUGGGCCGUGUGUGGCAAGCUGACAGGAGUGCUUUGUGAGGUGACCAUUGCCAUCUACACCUUCGGCACCUGCAUCGCCUUCCUCAUCAUCAUCGGGGACCAACAAGACAAGAUUAUAGCUGUGAUGGCGAAGGAGCCUGAGGGGGCUGGCGGCAGCCCCUGGUACACAGACCGAAAGUUCACCAUCAGCCUCACGGCCUUCCUCUUCAUCCUGCCCCUUUCCAUCCCCAGAGAGAUCGGCUUCCAGAAAUAUGCCAGCUUCUUGAGCGUCGUGGGCACCUGGUACGUCACUGCCAUCAUUAUCAUCAAAUAUAUCUGGCCAGAUAAAGAGAUGACCCCAGGGGACAUCCUGACCAGGCCAGCUUCCUGGGUGACCGUGUUCAAUGCUAUGCCCACCAUCUGCUUCGGAUUUCAGUGCCAUGUGAGCAGCGUGCCCGUCUUCAACAGCAUGCGGCGGCCCAAGGUGAAGACCUGGGGUGGGGUGGUGACAGCCGCCAUGAUCAUUGCCCUCGCUGUCUACAUGGGCACAGGCAUCUGUGGCUUCCUGACCUUUGGAGCUGCCGUGGACCCCGAUGUGCUCCUGUCCUACCCUUCCGAGGACAUGGCUGUGGCCAUUGCCCGUGCCUUCAUCAUCCUGAGCGUGCUCACCUCCUACCCCAUCCUGCACUUCUGUGGGCGGGCGGUGGUCGAAGGCCUGUGGCUACGCUACCAGGGGAUGCCGGUGGAGGAGGACGUGGGGCGGGAGCGGAGGCGGCGCAUGCUGCAGACCCUCGUCUGGUUCCUGCUCACCCUGCUGCUGGCGCUCUUCAUCCCUGACAUCGGCAAGGUCAUCUCGGUCAUUGGAGGCCUGGCCGCCUGCUUCAUCUUUGUCUUCCCAGCUGGUGGGCGCUGGUCAGUUAUGGUGUCCUCUUGGUCACCCUGGGAGCCUUCAUCUUUGGCCAGACCACAGCCAACGCCAUCUUUGUGGAUCUCUUGGCAUAACCACUGCCUCCCAGGCAACACAUGGCUUUUGCCACUGGACCCAGGAACCCAUCUCCUUGAGCUGUGGGGCCACCCUGAGUCCAACAUCAUUCGUCUUUCCUGCUGGGAUGACAUCUGGACAUCCUUUCCCAGGGACAGUUCUGGAGUGAAAGCAGGCCUCACACCUCUGGACAGCUCAAACCCGGCAGUGCGAGGAUUGGGGGAGGAGGUCUCGUGUCACAGAAGAACCUUCCCUGUCCUCCAACUCUCAACUUCUCCAUGCCUGAAAAACAUGGGGAAAGAGGGUCAGAACAUCUCCGAAAAAAAGAACCCAGCCUGACUUUGCUUUGGAGAAAGAGUGUGGGCAAAGGGCCACCACCAUCCUUCACAGAGCAGCCUGUCCUGAGCAGGGGCUGUGCUCAUUACCCCGGCACUCAGGGCCUGCUCCAGUUUGUCAGCCGCUUGGCCCACAGUGGCUUCUCUGGUAUCUGGCAACUUCCAAAGGGAGCACAGAGGUAAAUCGAGUCAGGCCCUGUCCACUCCAUCCUGGGGCCUCUUUCCCCAAACCUGAGGGUCCAGGCAUCCCUGUCUUCCCCCAUCCCCAGACAUCAUCAAGUCUAAUGUUUACAAACGGUGCCAGCCCGGCUCCGAACCCGAGGCCGGGGACCGUGCCGCACCAUCACGGUGCUGUGAGGACUCCUCAGUCAGCUUUUCCCUAGGCAGGACGGCUGCUUCUCUCUUCCUGAUUCCAGGUGGACCCCUCGCUUCAGAGGCACGGGGUGGGUGAUAGAGAAGACUGGGAGCCUUCCACACCCAUGUGGGCUGGGCUGGUCGGGCUCAGGGUGAGCCUCUCUGGUAGCUUCUCUUCUGCCUACCCUCUAGUCACCUCUCCCCUGUCACCCUAGCAGGAUAGCCCACGGAGAAGAAGAGCUGCUGAGUUGUCACUGAGCGUAGUCCCGCCAGUCUGGAAGUUUGCCUUCCAGUCCAGAUCUUGUCUGCUCCCUCCCCACCUCAUUUUUUCAGCCCCUACCCCAUUUUCCUAGCUCAGUCUCUCCGGCUCACAUAAGCCUGGGGGGGUAGUAGGGGAUGUGCCCGACCUCUUGUCAGCUCCAAGGGUCCACCAGGCCUGGCCUGAGGUUACACUGGAUUGUGCCCCAGGCGAGGUGAGGAGGACACUGUUCUCCUGGUCUGCGUUCCCCUUUCUCUCUCUGGCUGUUCACUCUGACCCACCAAUCCCAGGCAUUGACUCGGGCUUCCUCCACCUGGAACUCCCAGCAUUUCCUCGGUCCCUCUUCAGCAGGGGUGAGUGGGACCCCCCACCCAGCAGCCCACCACUCAGGGCGCUGAGAUCACAGAAGCAGAGGCUGGCCGGCGGCCGGCUGGGCUUCUGCUCAGUUUCCAGACUGGAGGACAGCCGUUCCUCACAUCCCCGCGCCCUCGGGCCCUCGGGCCAGACCCUCGCUGCUGUUUUCCCUCAGCCCCAGCACGGUUAGGACGGUCCUGUCAGCAGGGCUGCGCAGCCUCCUGGUGUCGGAUUUCAGCUGAGGAGUGGGGGAUGGGGGGCACCGCCCAGAAAGAGACCCGUCCGGAGGAGCUGGAAUCUGGCCGCUUGGCCUCACCUCAGGAGCCCCUGCCCUGCCCUCCACGCCAGGGUAUUUUACUGUUUCUUUCCUACUUGUGCACAUUCGUACCAGAGAGGAUGGUUAAUAAAAAGGGGCUGUGCUGCUGA